GAGUAGCAGACGUGACGAUAACCAGCGAGUUUCCAUACAUACCGGAAAACGCCUUCACCUGGCUGUACUGCUACCACACCGGAACGAUUAUAAACCAAAGAGGGUAUCAGUUCGGGCUUGAACUGGACACAGGGUCAGGACGUGGGUUUAUUUCAGCCAGGAAUACCUACAAUAACCCGCGGCGUGUAAGGGUGUGGUAUUAUGACAGCCGAAAUAAUAACGCAUCGGUUCAUCUUACCAACGCCAUCUCCUGCAUAGUUCGUCAAAACGGUGUUACGGACAAAGUUAUCACGUUCAAGAUGAGAGAAGACGCCGACGCGAGGCCCCGGCUGUUCUCCCGUACCGUGAAUGUGGGAGACUCGGUAACGUUAGAGAUGGUUCGGAACUCUGCAUCCACCAGGACUGGAGACUUGGAGUGGAGGAAGAACGGAGUCGUUCUACAGGGUCAGACGGCUCUCACACUCAACAUCAACAACGUCCAGUCUUCAGAUGAAGGGAUCUAUGAGUGCUACUAUGACGGGGCGUAUUCUGACAGGAAACAGGGCAUCAUGAGGCUCAUAGUUAGGGCCUGUGCAGAGAACAAGUACGGAUCCGACUGUGCCAAUGACUGUCCUGACUGUUAUAACGGAGGGGUGUGUCAUGAUCAGACAGGCGUGUGUGUCUGUCCUCCGGGCUUCAGUGGAACUUACUGUGGGACAG